CGUGGAUCAUUGGCUGUUCAAGUGGGCGCUGCGGCAGCCCCAUGGGGAGGUGCGGGCUGUGAGGCACGGAGUCUAGGACCAAGGACUUAGUCCUCCUCUCUCAAGUCAUGUGAAUGAACAACCUGGUAACAGAUCUCCAGCCUCGGUCAAGCCCACAAAUGUCUGCCGCUCCUAGGGACACCUCUGCACACCAGCUAACCUGCUCCCAUGUUCCUGGGCCACAGAGACCGCCGGAGCCUCAACAGAAAGCUCCUUUAGUUCCUCCUCCUCCACCUCCUCCACCACCACCACCACCACUACCAGACCCCACUCCCCCAGAGCCAGAGGAGGAGAUCCUGGGAUCAGACGAUGAGGAACAGGAGGACCCUGCGGAUUACUGUAAAGGUGGCUAUCAUCCAGUGAAAAUUGGAGACCUCUUUAAUGGUCGAUAUCAUGUCAUUAGAAAGCUAGGAUGGGGGCACUUCUCUACUGUCUGGCUGUGCUGGGAUAUGCAGGGGAAAAGAUUUGUUGCAAUGAAAGUUGUAAAAAGUGCCCAGCAUUACACAGAGACAGCCUUGGAUGAAAUAAAAUUGCUCAAAUGUGUUCGAGAAAGUGAUCCCAGUGACCCGAACAAAGACAUGGUGGUCCAGCUCAUUGAUGACUUCAAGAUUUCAGGCAUGAAUGGAAUACAUGUGUGCAUGGUCUUCGAAGUGCUUGGCCACCAUCUCCUCAAGUGGAUUAUCAAGUCCAACUAUCAGGGCCUCCCAGUACGUUGUGUGAAGAGUAUCAUUCGACAGGUCCUCCAAGGUUUAGAUUAUCUACACAGUAAGUGCAAGAUUAUUCAUACUGACAUAAAGCCAGAAAACAUCCUGAUGUGUGUGGAUGAUGCAUAUGUGAGAAGAAUGGCAGCAGAAGCCACAGAGUGGCAGAAAGCAGGUGCUCCUCCUCCUUCAGGGUCUGCAGUGAGUACAGCUCCACAGCAAAAACCUAUAGGAAAAAUAUCUAAAAAUAAGAAGAAAAAACUGAAAAAGAAACAGAAGAGGCAGGCUGAGUUAUUGGAAAAACGCCUGCAGGAGAUAGAAGAGUUGGAGCGAGAAGCUGAAAGGAAAAUAAUAGAAGAAAACAUCAGCUCUGCUGAGCCUUCCAAUGAGCAAGAUGAUGAAUACCGCCCAGAGGUGAAACUAAAAGCAGCAGAAUUAGAGGAGACAGCUGAGGAAGAGACCACAAAGGACAACGGUGAAGCUGAAGACCAGGAAGAGAAAGACGAUGAUGAGAAAGAAAACAUUGAGAAGGAUGAAGAUGAUGUCGAUCAGGAACUUGGGAACAUAGACCCUACAUGGAUCGAAUCACCUAAAACAAAUGGCCAUAUUGAGAAUGGCCCAUUCUUACUGGAACAGCAGCUAGAAGAUGAAGAGGAUGAUGAAGAUGACUGCCCAAAUCCCGAGGAGUAUAACCUUGAUGAGCCGAAUGCAGAAAGUGAUUACACAUAUAGCAGCUCCUAUGAACAAUUCAAUGGUGAAUUGCCAAAUGGACAGCAUAAAAUUUCAGAGUCCCAGUUUGCCGAGUUUUCCACCUCGUUGUUUUCUGGGCCUUUAGAACCUGUGGCCUGCGGUUCUGUGCUUUCCGAGGGAUCACCACUUACUGAGCAGGAAGAAAGCAGUCCUUCCCAUGACAGAAGCAGGACGGUUUCAGCCUCCAGUACUGGGGAUUUGCCAAAAACAAAAACCCGGGCAGCUGACUUGUUGGUGAACCCCCUGGAUCCUCGGAAUGCAGAUAAAAUUAGAGUAAAAAUUGCUGACCUGGGAAAUGCUUGCUGGGUGCAUAAACACUUCACCGAGGACAUCCAGACGCGUCAGUAUAGAUCCAUCGAGGUGUUGAUAGGAGCAGGCUACAGCACACCUGCAGACAUUUGGAGCACAGCGUGCAUGGCAUUUGAGCUGGCAACCGGAGACUAUUUGUUUGAGCCACAUUCCGGGGAAGACUAUUCCAGGGAUGAAGACCACAUAGCCCACAUCAUAGAGCUGCUAGGCAGUAUCCCAAGGCACUUUGCUCUAUCUGGAAAAUAUUCUCGGGAAUUCUUCAAUCGCAGAGAUCACAUAGCAUUGAUCAUUGAACUGCUGGGGAAAGUCCCUCGAAAAUACGCUAUGUUGGGGAAAUAUUCCAAGGAGUUUUUCACCAGAAAAGGAGAACUGCGGCACAUCACCAAGCUGAAGCCCUGGAGCCUGUUUGAUGUACUUGUGGAAAAGUAUGGCUGGCCGCAUGAAGAUGCUGCACAGUUUACAGAUUUCCUCAUCCCGAUGUUAGAAAUGGUUCCCGAGAAACGAGCCUCUGCUGGUGAAUGCCUUCGGCAUCCUUGGUUGAAUUCUUAGCAAAGCUACAAAUACACCAUUCUGAGCUAGCGAGUGUUUUCCAGUACAUUGGACCUAAACGGUGACUCAUUCUUUAACAGGAUUACAAGUGAGCUGGCUUCAUCCUCAGACCUUUAUUUUGCUUUGAGGUACUGUUGUUUGAUAUUUUGCUUUUUGUGCACUGUGAUCCUGGGGAAGGGUAGUCUUUUGUCUUCAGCUAAGUAGUUAACCAUUUUCUCCUGGAAACAAUAACAUGUCUCUAAGCAUUGUUUCUUGUGUGGCAUUCAAAUGUCAUUUUUAUUUUGAAUGAAAAAUUUCUUUCCCCUUUGUGUUUUGGCAGGAUUUGUAACUAUUUAUGAAGAAAUAUUUUAGCUGAGUACUAUAUAAUUUACAAUCUUAAGAAAUUAUCAAGUUGGAACCAAGAAAUAGCAAGGAAAUGUACAAUUUUAUCUUCUGGCAAAGGGACAUCAUUCCUGUAUUAUAGUAUAUGUAAAUGCACCCUUGUAAAUGUUAAUUUCCAUUAAAUAUGGGACAGGGACUAAGUUUCAGAAAAGCUACCAAGGCCUGAGUGCUUUGUUAGCCCACGUUGCAUGUGGCAGCCUCGCUGCUCCAAGGAGCUGUGCAGACUUUUCGUUCCCUCAAAGUCCAUUCCCUUCGGAUUUUAAAUGAAGUGGCUCUGGGUUACCAGACAUCAUUCCCUAUGUGGCACUUUACAGGAAGAAAAGAGAUGCUUGUUCUAACAUACAUUAUGAUUUAGCAGUCCCAUUUGUAUUUUUGCAUAUUUUUAAGAGGGCUUUUAAAGAAAAAAAAAGUGAUUUCCCUUAAAAAAUGUGAUGGCCUGGUACCACGUGGUGUUGCCUCCUCCGAGCACUGUAAGUUAAAUGCAUAGAUUAAAUUGGACAAGAGAAACAUGUUCAGCGUGUGGAAUGACAAUAUAUAUAUUUUUUGAAAAGCAGGAGCAUGUUUGUCUAAACCCGAGGCGGGCAAAUGCAGUUGGAGUGCGCUGGGCAGACUCCGCCCAGCGCCAGGGAGACAGUGAUCUCAGCCGUUCCAUAGGCGGCUGGAUGGCGGCUACAGGAGUUUACCGGCUUUCUCGUCGUCUUUCCAUGAGUGAGAAAAUCAUUUUUCCUCUGUGGGUUGCACAGGGUUUUUGUUUAUGCAUUUCCUCAAAAUUCACUGUAGAAUCCAGGACACAAACCAUUAUUAGUAGGCAAUACAAUUUUAGAAGAUAAUAUUUAGAGGUAUAUUUAGCCUCUUUUAGAAGUCAGUGGGUUGAAUGUCUUUUUAUUUCGAAUUUUACAUUCAUUAAGGUGCCUCGUUUUUCUUGACUUUGUCCAUUAACAUUUAUCCAUAUGCCUUUGCAAUAACUAGAUUGUGAAAACUAACAAGUGUUGUAAUAAUAACCUAUUGUUUGAGGUGCUUGCAGUUGUCUUAAAAAUUAAAGUGUUUUGGUUUUUUCCCCCAGACAUUGCCUUGAUCAUUGCCCUGAAUUUGAAGAGAUAGAAUCAAGCAUUUGUUGCAUGUGUAGUGUUACCAGAAGUAAAGGGAACACCGACAUCCCUGUUGUGGCAAACGUAGCUAUAGAACGUGAAUUAAGGCUUCUUGUAAGGAAAUCAGGAAAAAUGCUAAUUCUGAUUCGUUAUCUAGAAUUUCAGUGAUCCUUUUUAUCCAUGCUUCAUCAAAAAUCAUGUUAACUGCAUUUUGUUUGAGCAUUUCAAACUUUCUUUUAAAACAACAUUCACUCUGAGGGAACAAGCAAGACACACAAUCCUCCUAAAAGUAGCAUUGUGUCACACGUUGCUGUGAGGUGGAGUGUGCCAUUCAUGUGUGACAUGUGCAUGCUGUGUUUUUAGGUCUGUCUCCGUCUUGGUUCUCUGACAGAAGUUGGCCAUAGACCAGUGAUGGUAUCCAUGGUUUCCACAGGAAACAUUCUCACAAGAACUACAGAGUACAUUUAUAUCUUCCCGUAUCUAGAAAAAUUUUUAUCAGAAUGGUAGUACGCUUGAUUGAAAUUUGUCUGAAGUUUUAGUUCCCGUUGGAAAAGAAACUAGAUUGUUCAUUUGUAAGUAGCAUCUCUAUGAUAAAAUAUAGCCUAGUUUACAGUGUAGGACCAGUUGCUCUAGAGAAAAGUGUACACCUGUAUUAGGUACCAUUUGGUUUUUGGCUUGUUCUCGGUGGCUUGUUGAUACAGAACGCACACAGGCUAAAGGAGAACCACUGGUUAUGACAAACAGUUACGUCAACUUGUCUGCUGAUUUUGGUGGCAUGUCCCCUCUUUUCCCUUCUGUGGUCCAUGUUAAGUAUCAUGGAAAAUUACGGGCAGUAGGUCAUGUAUGUGAUGGCAGCAGAUCCAGAACUGCGCAACAGCAGAGAAAAGGUGGUUGCUGGAGUUGCAAAGAGGCAUGACAUAUUUGGGUGACAACUCAUUUGCUAUUUCCUUCCCUACCUGGACAGACAUAACCUUAGUAACAGGAUAAAGUAGGCAAACUUUCCAUGGGAGCAGAGAGCUUGUUUCUUGUUUGUAGUUCCACUUUUUUCUCGCCCUUUUAGAGACGAAAGUUUGGUAGAGGACAGUAUUGGAGGGUUUCCUUCAGCAUAGAAUUAUUUAAUAUUCUGCAGUUUGCACAUGAGCUUCUGUAGGUACUAGUUCUGUAGCAGGUCAUUUUGAAACAAUGAACAAUUUAAAAUGCUCAGGAGGGUAGUUCUUUUAAAGAUGUGAAUAUUGCUAUUUUAUGUUAAACUAUCAGGCGAUGGAUGAUGUAAAGCCGUUUCUUCUCAAAUGUUUCUUUGUGAUUGCUGUAGAUAGAAUUUUGCUUCACAAGUCAAAUG